GUAAGCUAAACAUACUGACAUCUGCUACUCACAAGGCCACACAUACUACAACUAAACCAGUGGAGAGACACCAGCACACUGAGAUAUGGCGUCCCCCAGCAGUCCCCUGCCUGAAGAGCAGUUCCAGUGCCCCAUCUGUCUGGACGAGUUCUCUGACCCGGUCUCCAUUUCGUGCGGACACAACUUCUGCAAAGCCUGCAUCGGCCAACACUGGGACACCACGGACCGCUGCCAGUGUCCAGUGUGCAGGGAGACUUUUCACGUUAGACCAAAGCUUUGCACAAAUACUUUCAUUGCUGAGAUGGCUGCUCACUUCAAGAAGUCAGCUCAAGGGAAAGAGAAAUGCAGUCCGGAUCAUCUUUCUACAGAACCUCUAGAAGUUGCUUGUGACGUCUGCAUCGGAACCAAGCUGACAGCCUUGAAAUCCUGCCUGGAGUGUUUGACGUCCUUCUGUGAGACUCACCUGCAGCCCCAUCUCAGAGUCACUGGUCUGAAGAGACACAAGCUCAUUGACCCUGUUGAGAACCUGGAAGACAGGAUGUGUAAGAAGCACGACCGACUGCUGGAGCUGUUCUGUCGGACCGACAAGACGUGCGUGUGUCACUUCUGCGCUGAUACGGACCACAAGGCUCACAGCACCAUCCCCAUGGAGGAAGAGUGUGGACAGAGGAAGGCUGAGCUGGGGAGGAAGGAGGCAGAGGUGAGGCAGAUGAUCGGGGAGCGACGGGAGAAGGUCCAGGAGAUCAGACAGUCAGUAGAGCUCGGCAAGAAAGAAACAGGGAGCAAGAUCGCACACAGCAUACAGGUCUUCACUGCACUGGUGCGCUCUGUUGAAAGAAGUAGGGCCAAGUUCGUCAAGGUGAUUGAAGAGAAGCAGAAAGCGGCCCUGGGCUGGGCUGAAGGGCUCAUUGCAGAGCUAGAGCAGGAAAUCACUGAGCUAGAGAGGAGACUUACUGCGCUGGAACAGCUCUCACACACGAAGGAUCAGCUAACCCUCCUCCGGGACUCUCCAAACCUCUGUAACCUACCCCCCAACAAGGACUGGUCUAAGGUCAGCGUUCACACAGAUCUGUGUGUGGGCAACACCACAAGCGCUCUGUUUCAGCUAGAGGAGACGUCAAGAGAAUUCUGUGAACUUGAGAAGAAAUUCAAUAAAAUGCUGGAGGACCUGUGCGCUGCUGAGCUGAAGAGGAUGCGGCAGUAUUCAGUAGAUGUGACGCUGGACUCCGACACAGCAUUUAAGUUCCUCGUCCUUUCUCAGGACAGGAAAACAGUCAGGUACUCAGAAACAAGACAAGAAUACCCUGAAAGUACAAAAAGAUUCAUCAACAGUUUCUCUGUCCUGGGAAAGAAGGGCUUCUGCUCAGGGAGAUUCUACUAUGAGGUGCAGGUGAAGGGGAAGACUAUGUGGUGGCUAGGAGUGGCCAGUGAGUCCAUCGACAGGAAGGGGAAUUUAAGACAAAGCUCUGAUGGGCUCUGGACUGUGUGGCUGAACGGCAAGAACGGGUAUGGAGCCCGAACGUACUACCCAAUCCCUCUCGCUCUUAGAAAGAAGCCCCAGACGGUGGGGGUCUUUGUGGAUUAUGACAAGGGCCAGGUCUCCUUUUAUGACGUGGAGGCCAGGUUUCACAUUUACUCCUUCAAUGGAUGCGUCUUCACUGAGAAGCUCUACCCAUACUUUAACCCGUAUCUCAGCUGUGGCGGUGAAAACUCUGCCCCGCUGGUCAUCUGCCGGCCACCAUCAUAGACUAAAUGUGGGAGCCUAUGCCAUGUUCAUAGAAAAGUGUGGAGUCAUGAAUACCAUUUUGGCGCAUUCAUACAGUUUGUACUUUAGAGAAAAGCCUUUUGGCUAGUGGAAUAUUGGCAACUAUAUUGGCAAACAUAUUGUCAACCAUAAACAAAAAGCACAGCUGACAUUCUCAUAAGUUAGUGUUAAACAUGGAUUGUUUUGAAUAGACAAAGUUCUGUCAUUGCGUUUAACUACAGAAUGUGUUGUUUUAGAGGCAAUCUCGCACUAGGAAUUACCAGUGCAAUGGGCACUCAAGUGGAUUAUACUGAACUGUAUCUACAAACUGUUAAUACUGCAUUCCCACUUGUUAAGGAAACAUGGUCGGAGUUCAAACACAUAGCCCAGCAGUUGAUCCAUUUGGAACGCUCUGUAUCAUGAGUGUUGGGUGUGCAUCUCAUCGACGACCUUUUUGAAAAAGUUCUCCCCGCAAGAAUGAAUAGAAAACAAUGCUUGUUCUGAUUGUUGUGUCGCCAUGUUACACAGGACAACACUGCACAUCGACCUGAGUGUACAUUGACAAGAACACGCCGACUCUGUUUAUAUUAUAUAUGCAUUAUCAUUUUCUGUUCAACAUAUGUUGUUGUUAUCUGAAACCCUUUUGGAAAUAAAUCCAGAUUGUGGAA